CUUUAGACGCAUGUCCAGUUGCCAAUCAUUAUCUGUUUACUUUGACCCACUAAAACUUUUCUCUGUUUUCUUCCCGUCAACAAUUAAUGAUCGAUCCAUUAUCAUCACGCAAGGCUGAUACUCCUCAACCCAAGUUCGCAGUUUUGCGACGAUUUACAGCUAAAAUGCUUCGAACAUCUACCGUGACCGAAGAAUUUACCGAACUUCCCAUUUCUAUUCCUCCGCUUCCAUCAUUUCCGAUCGAGGCAAUACAUUCUACCUAUCUUCGCCGAAAUACCCCUAAAAUACCAACUCCAAAUGAUUCCCGAAGCCUCUUUAUCGCCAACGUUCCUUGCGAUAGUACUGUAGAGCAUUUUCGAGCUUUAUUUGCCAGCCUAGUCGGACCAGGUAAAUUUGAGACCAUCGCCUUUGAACAUGAUAAGCAACCCCUAUGGCCUGCCCAUGAGCCUGCCCAGGCCACAAGAUUAGCUGCGCACGGGAAGAGGAAAAGAGAAGAGGAAGAUAUGCAACACAUUGAAAUCAAAGUUCGAGCUGCCUUACCUCCAACAUGGUCGCGAAAAGUAUAUCCCAGUGGUAGUUCUGCCGUCGCUUUGUUCGCCGACGAGAAGAGCGCCGGCUUGGUCCUAAAAGCUGCCAAAAAGCUGAAAAAGCCAAAACAUUAUCCUGUUUGGGGAAAAGGUGUUAGGAAUAGCGAUAACGCGCCUCUGGGUUCGCAAUGGCUAGUAAAUCACAACAUUCUGGCCUUCCCAGAUAAAGAUGAAGUCCAGGCCUCGACGGAUGCUUACUUUACUCUUUUUAACAAGAUGGAGAAAGAAGCGCGUCAACUUGCCAAGAGGCUCCGUAACGAACCAGACGAAGAUGGUUUUGUAACCGUCACACGAGGCGGUCGUGCUGCGCCUGCUAGAAGGGACGAGGCCGAAGAGGCCAAGCAGAAGAUGAUCGAAAGAGAGAAGAAGAAGAGGGAUGAAAUGACAAAUUUCUACAGGUUCCAGAUGCGUGAGAAGAGGAAAUCUGAGCAGACCGACAUGCUACAGAGAUUCGAAGAGGAUAAGAAGAAAGUACAAGCUAUGAAAGAGAAGCGAGGGAGGUUCAGGCCCGAGACCUAAGAUAAUGUCACUAUCAAGAGUAAACUUAUGUCCUGAGUUGACCUUAUGGGUUACCUCCGUGUCCAGCCCUUGCGCUGUCUGGAGUUGUUUUCGCCAGUUCUUAUCCAGACCUACCCCAGGUCUUCCAGUUGGACAUAUAAGAGAGGGAAGAUAGCUGAACGCUGUUACACAGACGAGGCAAUCAAGGCAGGAUGUCUUGUUAGUAGCCUUAAUAACUGUUGUUGCUGCUAAGACUUGGAUCCGGCGAUUCUGCGAUGCAACGCUAUUAAUACGGCGUUUAUAUUGGGUGCUAUAUCCUAUUCGUUGCUAGAUAAUCCAUAAGCGCACUAGAAAUAGUGUCUAUCGGAUGUAACCAUUGGGAUGUAACCGGAGGUAGUGCAGAGUAGUUUAAUCCAAUGCAGCUAAACUUCUCUAAUAUUCAUAAGGGAUAUCUCACGGCUAUGUUCCCCGUACCCGUCUUACUCUUGCGUGCGUACGUA